GGCAUGGGGGGCGGUGGGGGUGGCAGGUUUUAACUUUGGGAAUUACACUUCUCUAAUUGUCUCUACUAGCCCUCUCUGGACUAGAGAGAUUUUGGAGAGAAUUGCCACAGAAUUUAACCAGUUACAGUUUCAUGCUGUUCAGAGCAAAGGCAUGCCUCUUCUGGACAAAGUAAGACCACGUAUAGCCCACAUUACGGCCAUGCUGCAGCAGUCCCUGGGAGGCCUGUUGCUAGAAGGGCUUCAGACUUCCAAUGUGGACAUCAUACGGCACUGCCUCCGGACUUAAGCUACAUUUGACAAGACACGGGAUGCAGAGGCGUUCGUUGGUCAAGUACUGGUGAAACUGUACAUGGAUGAGGUGAUUGUAGAGCAGAUCGUUGAGUCUCAUCCGGACGGCCUGAAGAUCAUGUAUGCUAAUAAGCUCCUGGAGUUCGUUCCUCACCACUGCCGCCUUCUUCGAGAGGUCACAGGAGGAGCCAUCUCAAGGAAGAAGAGAUUAGGACACAGACAGUACAGACUGAAGGACAAUCGUUUGAAGACAGAGUGGAGAACACAGCUAUCUGCAAGCCAAGGAGAGACGUUUGAAGAAUCGAACCCUACUGCCACCUUGAUCUUGGACUUCCAGCGCCCAGAACCAUGAGAAAAUAAAUUGCAUGUUGCCUAAGCCACCCGGCUGUUGAUAUUUUGUUUAUGACAGCCCAUGACUCAG